AUGCAAGCGUUGCUGAAGAAGUUGAAGCCUAUUGUCCUGGGCAUCGCUCUCGGCUCCGGUCUGGCGUCACUUCUCAGAUGGAGUAGCCUGCAGAGGGAUCCCCCAAGCGGAGUAGGACAACCGGGGGCGCGCAGCUUCACGAUCGAUGUCCAGAAUGAGGGCAAGCUCGUGCUGCCAGCUGUCGAACCCACCCGACGAUUUUCUCGUCGUUACCUUCCGGCCGGACGCGGGAUCAAGGCAUCGGGCGGCCCCUACGUUGACCGCCAACCCGACCGCGCUGCUUCUGAGGAUCUUCGGCGCACGGCUGAGGCGGGGUGCGGCGGCAAACCCUCGCGUCGGCUCCGACGACUGCCCAUUCCCUUAUGUGAACGAUUCCGCAGCGGGGGAAGCGAGAGCGUAUCUGCUCGCGUUGGGGGCGCCCUCGCUGCCGCUGCAAACGCUGGGAAGGCACAGUCCUCGCUUGCAUCGCCCCCCACGGUCACGAUGGUUCAAUUCGAGCAGUACACAUGGAUUUUUGCAAUCGGGACCAUUGUCAGUUUCGUCUGCGCCUUUGGGAUUGGCGCCAACGAUGUGGCCAACUCGUUCGCCACUUCGGUUGGGUCCCGAGCGCUGUCCAUGCCCCAGGCGAUCAUGAUAGCAGCGGUCUGCGAAUUCCUGGGGGCGUUGCUGCUGGGAGCCGGAGUCACUGACACUGUGAAGAAUAAGAUUGCCAACGUGGCGCUCUUCAACAACACCCCAGAGCUGCUGAUGAUGGGCAUGCUUGCGGUCAUGAUCACGGCGGCCUUUUGGGACAACUUCGCGUGUCACUUGGAGCUGCCCGUCUCGACCACUCACACCACAGUCGGUGCAAUUGUGGGCAUGGCCUGGGUCAUUCGCGGACGCUACGCGGUGGUGUGGAGCAAGCUGAACAUCAACACUGCGACGGGCGACAACGAUUUUCCAUACCUCAAGGGCAUGAGCAUCAUCUUCCUCCAGUGGAUCGUGUCGCCCCUCAGUUCCGGCGUUCUGGUCGCGAUCCUGUUCUUCCUGCUGCGCACCUUCGUCCUCCGCUCGCCGCACUCUUUCAUCCGCGCCUUCUACCUGUUCCCGGUUCUGGUGGUUGCGACUUUCUUCGUGGUCGUCAUGUUCAUCAUCCAGACCGGCAACAAGAACUCCAGCUGGGAAAAAGUGUCCGACAGCAAGAGCGUGUGGGUUAGCGCCGUGGUUGCUGCCGGCAUGGGCGUGCUGACGGUGGCUGUCAUCAUGCCGUUCCUGUACAAGGCGGUCCACGCCGCAGACUCUGAGAGGGAGCGCGUUGAAGCUGACCAGAAAAUGGAGGCCGCCCGGAUCGAGGCCGGCGAGCUCGAUCCCAAGGAGGCCGCGAUCAUGCGCGCGCAGGCCAACGAGCAAGCAGCCCUUCAAAGCAAGGACACCAUGUGGCACCGCUCCAUGGAGAAGUACGGUGUGAAUAGGUUCGCGCAGACGAACGCGGGCAAAUUCAUCUUCGGCAACGCGUUUGUCAAGACCUUGACGUACGGCGCUUCUUACGACGUUCAUUCCGCCAUCGGGAAUGACAUCCGCGUCGGGACGAUCUGGGAGGGAGCCGAAGUCUUCGAUUUCAAGACGGAGCGCCUGUUCCGCUACCUCCAGAUCUUCUCUGCUAUGGUCAUGUCUUUCGCCCACGGGUCCAACGACGUUGCCAACGCCAU